AUGAGCUCCUUACUUAACUUGGUCCGAGACUUAACACGACAGGCACGUGCGUGCCACUCGCCUGGUGAUAACAAUGCCUUUCUGAGACAGGACAGAGCGCACUUCCGAGCCCGCUUUUGGCCGAACUUGGUCUACGACCAAAACCGUGGCUCCAUACCGUACCCAACAUCCCUGCCACUGGAUCGAACCGGACAAGGCGAAUCUUCUCUUUUUACAGUAGGAAUGGACGCACUCCCGACUUCGAGUCCCGAGACGAAGCCCCUAACUGAAAGGGCGAAACUCGGAAUAUACGCAAGCCAAGUUGACGACUGGCUUGCUCCAGACCGGGGCAUACGGGAGGAAAAUGGUAGGGAGCGCUCGGAAUAUACCAGGGAAGACGUCGGGCCUUCCUCGGUAGGGCCCCCUGAGCGGACUCCUGUUGACCAGCAUACUCUUGAAUCAGUAAAACAGCUACUUGCGGACCACGCGUAUAUUGCGGAUCGCAUCCAGGACCUGUGUAGGGCUCUGCGCACCAAUGUUCCGGGUGGCUUCCAGGCUGAGCGUCUCACCGAGAUCCUUGAGGAGAGGCACGGAGGGGAAACUAUGUCUUUAAUCCGACAAAGUCUCGAAACUCAGGCUUUGUAUACCUUCUUUCGGGAAGUCCAAACGGACUUCGAUGACUUUCUUCUCCUACGUCUAGAAAGGCAUGGGAUGAAGCCAAAUCCGCGCAGACACUAG